ACAUUAAUAAUGGAUGUCUUGCGGAAAUUGAAAUUUUUUACUGUUUUUUCUAAUUGGAGGAAAUUAACUCUCAUUUUGUUAAUCUUGUGGAUCGUAUACAUGUUUGACACAGCAAUCCCUUCUAAAGUUUUCAAUAUGGUUUCUGCGAUUGUUGCUGCAUUGAUUGGUAUAUUGACUGGAAUCUAUAUUGCGAUUAAAACUGUUGACUAUGCAGUUGAUAAAUAUCCGUGGUCGCAAAAUCAGAAUGGAAUAUUACGGAAUCGCACUUAUUAUGAUAUACCAACUGGUGAGGGAUUCAUUUUCCAUAUUAAAAAGUUUUUUGUUGUUCUCUUGAAAGGCUUAUCAAAAAGUAUUCACAUGCAUUACCGCAUGCAUGAGACUCCUCGUACAUCUCUUCGACAUAUACAAACCAAAAUAGCCAUGCUUGGUAAAAUUCCUGAUCGGAGCAGUGUACAAAGUGGAACCUAUGUUUGUGUUUCACAAAAUGUUGAUAUGCUUAUGAAUAGAAUAUUUGAAUACACAUUCCGAGACUUUGUGGAAACAUGGUAUGCCACUGUUAGCAAUGAUCAUGGACGUUUGCAUAAGUUAGUCAAGGCUGACUUUUGGGAGGCGUAUCGAUAUUUUUCAAAACAUCUCUCCAAAGUUGACAUAACACAUCUAGUGAUGGAUAGAUUCGUAAAAACAUUGGUACAAUAUUUUAAAGAACUGAGUGCAUCAGAUCCUUCACGAAAGAAUGCUGAACUUUUUAGUCUUCACCCUUGUCUCUAUGAUACCAACUCAGAAAAGGAAUUUCUUCGCCGUAUUAGUGGAUAUAUUAUAAAGUUAUGUUUCCCCAUUCAUAUAUCGUCAAAUUCUAGUUCAAAAUUGAUUUUGAGAGAAAUUCUGGCUGGUUUGGUAUUUUUGCCAAUGAUUGAUAGUAUUUGUGAUCCUGACUAUAUUAAUCUAAGCAUAUUAGCUUAUAUCAAACAUAGAGAAUCUGAGCAAGAGGAGAAAACACGAGCGUAUAUGUAUGCCGCAACUUACGAAGAUUUUAUUCGAAUAAUUAGCAGUACUGAUAAUAUUAAUCAAUUAUAUCAAAUCAGACGUCACAUCAUGACAGAACUCAUGCAUGCUACUGCAAUAAGCAGUUUAAAAAAAAACGAAAAAAAAUUGGGGAAAGCGAAGAGUAUGGCAAAGGGAGAAUUACUGAUAUCUCGAGACUUGAAACGCUAUAUUAAUCAGUGUCAAGUCGCAAGACAACAGUGCGAAAAACGAAUAAAAGCACUAGGAGGAGAUGGCAAUUCAAAUCAACCUAAAUUUGGAGACGAGGCAUCUGGGGCAGCCAUUACAUCAAGCGUUCAUUUGCUUUCUUAUUCUGAGGUAAUGGCAUCUCCCAUGGCUCGCAGCUAUUUCAUGAAAUACAUGAAAAAAAUUGGACGUGGGUCGUUGUUAAAAUUUUGGAGUGAAGUUGAAAUUAUCCGUGAUACCGAACCUACUGGUAAAAACCUUGCUAAAAUCAUAAGUCAUAUUUAUCAAACUUAUGUAGUACCAGGCACUUCUGAUGAAUUAGGAAUUGAUAUUGAGAAAUCAUUACUAAAGGGCAUGCAAACUUGUGUUGUGGGUAAUAAAGCUCCAGAUGACUUUUUCACUCUCCAAGAACAGAUUUAUAAAAUACUAGAAAAGGAUCAUUUUCCAUCUUUUUUGGUCAGCGAUUUUUACAUCUACCAAUUGAUGCCACAAUUAAGGGAUGAUAGUACUUCCGAGGAUGCAAUAUUUCAACCUGAGCAAGACGAUUCUUAUUCGCACCGUACAGCUGCUUUUGGAAAUAGAAAGUCACCAUCUGAUGGAGCAAUAGAAAAACUCCGCAACAUUGAAGAAAAAUUGGAAUAUAAAGCACAAGCUUUGGAGAGUCUCAAACCUGGUGGCAAACAAGAUCAGAAAUUGACAAAGCAAUUGCAACAAGAUAUCGCUGAUUUACAGAAGGACAAAUUGCAGCAACAAUUACACAUCGAAAGAACGGAAACGUGGUGGUCUCGAAUGGGAAAUUGGAGUGCGAAUAUUGAUAAUGCCGCUAUUUUGCCUAUUAACGAUGAAAAUGCAGCAAAAGUACCUGUUUACAGUAUAAUUGUAUUAUGUUCUGGUGUCCCUCUUUUGGAAGUUACAGAUGAUGUUUCUGGUUGGGUCGUUGCAAGAAAUCUUGAUGAAUUUAAAUUAUUGCACCGUAGUCUUCGUGAUCUCCGACCUUGGUUAAAAAAGAAACGUUUACCAAAUAUCCCGAUGUUUGGUGGUAUAUCAGAUAAAUUUCUCGAUAAAUCGAAGGUAGUUUUAAACGAAUAUUUGAAAGAUAUUUUAGAAGAUGAAAUACUGAGUCGAAGUGAAUUAGUUUAUGCCUUUCUCAGUCAACCACCAGAACAAUCCAAAAAUGAUUCCUUGCUACGAGGAAAAAGUCAUCGCAGGAAUACUUCAAAUCCAUUGUUUUCUACCGGUGAAACUUCUCGUAAAAAAUCAUUAUGGCAAAUUGGUGAUUUACUUUUUACAUUACCAAAAGAUAUUUUUGAGUCGGUUCUGCGAUCCGAAGACGAUCUUUCUGACAGCGAUGAAACAGAUGCAGAUGAUGUGAUUGAUUUAGAUUCAAUUGCUGAACCGUUGUAUGAACUUGUCGGAGAAAUAUUUGAAAUUCAAGGAUUGUUUCGUCCGUUACGUAAAACAUUAGUUAUAUUUGUGAGGCUUGCUUUCGGUGGAACCAUUAAUAAACAAAUUAAAGAUACUUUACAUUGGCUUAUUUCUGAUCCAAUGCUAACUUACUAUCUUCAAUUAUUUAUGGAUUCGAUGUGGCCCGAUGGACAACUAAAGCCAAAAUUAACAUCCUCAAGAUCUGAAGAAGAGAAAACUCAAACGGCUUUGGAGGCACAAGUUAAAUUGUUACAGAAUAUCCCUGAAGCGUUUCAAAGCUUAAUUGGCCAAGAGAAUGCGAGACGUGGCAUUCUUAAGAUUUUUCAUGCCUUACAAGAUGAGAAAUUGAACAAACAUAUUUUCUAUAAUUUACUAUGUGAAAUGGUUGAAGAGGUUUUUCCAGACAUUAUUAGUACAUAGGAAUGUAAUUUUUCACUGGGAUUUAUCUUUAACAUUAGUUAUUUGUAUGUGGGUAUCUUAAUAUUUGAAUACAUUUUUCUAAGAAGCUGAAAUUGCAAUGCAAAUUGGCAAAUGAUGUAUUUUAGUUGCAAAUCCACCUAACAACCUAGCUAUCAAAUGAUCUGGUUCUGAACUUGUGGUUAAAUUGUCAUGAUGUACAAAUUAACAUGGAUAUUAGCAAGCACCUGUACUGUGAACUUCAACGAAUGCUCGUUUGUAUAGCAAAUUAUAUCACACCUGUGAUAUCAGUUGUCAAUACACCUGGCGACCAAGUGCUCUUGUCUGGUUUCUGGUCCUUGUCGGGUAUGGGAUUAUUUAACCAGUUGUUUCAGAUGCAUGGACUUGAUGUUGGAGGAAACUGUAGCUUGUAACUGAUCAGCAGUUACAUGAACCGUCGUUGUCAUCAUAACAUGAAUGAUACAUCAGUUUUCAUAACACCAUAAUAAUCAAUUACAGUCACAAAUAUUGUAUUUAAAUCAUAUAACGAAGCAUCAAACAUAAUUUUAUUUUAGACUUAUUCAUAGGUGAUAUCUAUUUCUUAUACAUCUCAUUAUGUGCCUUGUUUCAAAUUCACUUAUAUAGUUGUAUCUCAGAAAAUAUUUGUUAUGAAUUGAGUUAUAUUUGUGGGAUUUCAAAUCAUGUAAAUCAAACUGUUUCUGAAUAUAUGGAUCAGGGAUGGAGAAAUUUGCGUCUGACCUUAAAUUCCGAAAGCCAUAUAAAUGCUGACUUUUGAAUCUCGCCUAAUUCCAGAUUAAAGAAAAUUUUUACUUUAGCUCUGAACUUCAUGAAACCAAAUCGAGCAAAAGCUUGGGGUAUGCAAGCCUUCAAUUCAUUUUUUCCCCUAUGAGACCACUUAUAGCCAAUGAAAGUCUGAUAUACUGCCUCCCAAUUAUUGAGAAUUCGAAAUUCUGGUUUAAUUAAACUCAUUUUCAGAUAGAAAUUUUUUUGUUUUUUUGAAUUGUAUUAAUUAAUUGGACAAUACUUACAACAUAACUAGGUAGUACAUGAGUUCUUUGUUACAAUUAUUACUCAUUUCCGUGCUAUUUUUGCAGGAAAUACCAGGUCCUUUCAUCCUGUAUUCAUAUGAGAUUGUUAAUUUAAAUGUUUCAAUGUAUUGUCUAUUUAUUUUUGCACAUAAGGCUAUUGGUUAUGAAACCUCUCAAUGACAUAUCUAUCUGUUGAUUGACAUUGAGACAAAAUGUAGUGCAGAAUAAAUAAGAGUCGCUUAUUGGAUAUUUGAAUAACAUUUGGUACUGCACAUCUUGUGAAUCUGAUCAAAAAAAAUUUAAGCAUUGGUUAUCAUGAAUGGUGCAUUGUCAAAGAU